UUUGCUUUAUGUGUAUUCAUCAGGAUAUAUAUAUAUAUGUUUUUUUAUUUUUUUUUUUGGAGCGUACUUAAAGACUUAUUUGUGGACGAUGGAUAUGUCUUUCCUUUCCCAAGCUGCGACUGACAACUGUAAGCUGCUCCCCGUACGGGAUUUCAUUUCCACACUUGCUUGGUAACUUGAGGACGGGGAUCUAACCCACUAGAGCUACUCUGUUCAAGGCCAGGCGGAUGUUUCGUGAGCUGCGCAUUGUGCUGCCGGUGGCUUCGCUGGAAGCGGAAUUCAGAGCUAGCACUGGAGCAACUGGCGACAGCUGUUCACCUGCAGGAGGGGAAACCCUGCAGAGUAAAAAGAUCCGGACUCGUGCGGGAUUUAGUGGCGUCUGAAAUGAAAGGAUAGAACUGAGUAUGUCUUUAUGCACCACCAUUGAAACUAUAUCCCGGCAAAGUUAAUGAUUUAGAAAUUUAGGACCGUUUAAUGACAAUGCUUGAUUUAAAGCCUAAUCCGAUGUAUUGAUUAUGGUCAUUACCCACUGGUCAAAUGCAGCAAGACUGAACUCGUUGAUUUAUUUAUUUAUAUCCAUAUUUAUAUAAAUAUUUUUUCAUUCGACUACAUUUUUAUUGGAGAGUCCAUCAUUAAAACCUGAAGCACUAUGUCUUUGUAUUCGGAGUUCGUGCCCCCGCCGGAAUGCCCGGUAUUUGAGCCUAGUUGGGAGGAUUUUUCUGAUCCUUUAGGAUUUAUUAGCAAGAUCCGACCCAUUGCGGAGAAAUCGGGCAUCUGCAAAAUAAGGCCACCUAAGGACUGGCAGCCUCCUUUUGCCUGUGAUGUGAAGAAUUUUCGUUUUACUCCUCGAGUGCAGAGGUUGAAUGAACUGGAGGCACUGACUCGAGUUAAACUAAAUUUUUUGGACCAGAUUGCCAAAUUUUGGGAAUUACAGGGAUGUAUACUAAGAAUACCACAUGUUGAAAGGAAGAUCUUGGAUCUGUACCUCCUCAGUAAAAUUGUGUCUAGUGAAGGUGGAUUUGAAACAGUGUGCAAAGAAAAAAAAUGGUCCAAGUUGGCUUCUAGAAUGGGAUACCCACAGGGUAAAGGAACAGGAUCUCUUCUGCGUUCUCACUUUGAACGGAUUUUGUAUCCAUAUGAGCUAUUCCAGUCAGGAGCCACACUAUCGGGAAUCCAUAAGCUAUCCAUUAAUGAUGAAAACAGACAACAGAUAGAAUGUGAAGAGGAUGAGGAAGAGGGUGAUAUGGAUGAAAAGCCUAAGAGUAGGCUAGAGUGCCCAACAAAAGAAGCUGUGCCUCCAGGAAACCACAAUACUGAACGAAGAUCUAGACGCCUUAGGUCAUCAGAGCGUUACAACAAAGGACAGAAAAAUCUUCAUAUCUUUGGAGGUGGAAAAAAAUUCUUGGGAUUAGAGAUUAGUACCGAAGAUGUACUUUCAAAGAAGCAGCGUGGUCCAAAAUCACCCCCUUUCAUAGUAAAGAUGCAACAACAGAAGAAAACCCUUGAAGUCAGCUUUAUUGAUCUUUAUGUUUGUCUGGCAUGUGGACGUGGGGAUGAAGAAGACAGAUUGCUUCUCUGCGAUGGAUGCGAUGAUAGUUAUCACACCUUCUGUCUCAUUCCUCCUCUCCAGGAUGUGCCAAAGGGAGACUGGCGCUGCCCAAAAUGUGUAGCUGAAGAAUGUAGCAAGCCAAGAGAAGCCUUUGGUUUUGAACAAGCCGUGAGAGAGUAUACACUGCAGAGCUUUGGAGAAAUGGCUGAUAACUUCAAGUCUGACUACUUCAAUAUGCCUGUACAUAUGGUACCAACUGAGUUGGUGGAGAAAGAGUUUUGGCGUUUGGUUAGCAGUAUUGAGGAGGAUGUUAUAGUAGAGUAUGGAGCAGACAUCAGCUCUAAAGAUGUUGGAAGUGCAUUCCCAGUGAGAGAUGGCAAAAGAAAGCUACUUCCAGAUGAAGAGGAGUAUGCAAAUUCUGGCUGGAAUUUGAACAAUAUGCCAGUUUUAGAGCAGUCUGUUUUGGCGCAUAUUAAUGUGGAUAUAUCGGGGAUGAAAGUACCUUGGCUGUAUGUGGGAAUGUGUUUCUCAUCAUUCUGCUGGCAUAUAGAGGAUCACUGGAGCUACUCAAUCAACUAUCUUCACUGGGGAGAGCCAAAAACAUGGUACGGUGUUCCAGCGUAUGCAGCUGAGAAACUGGAGUCUGUAAUGAAAAAGUUAGCCCCAGAGUUGUUUGAUUCUCAACCAGACCUCUUACACCAGUUAGUGACCAUCAUGAAUCCUAACAUCCUCAUGGAGCAUGGAGUACCUGUGUUCAGGACAAAUCAAUGUGCAGGAGAGUUUGUAGUAACUUUUCCUCGAGCCUACCACAGUGGAUUCAACCAAGGUUACAAUUUUGCUGAAGCUGUUAACUUCUGUACUGCUGACUGGUUACCUUUGGGCAGACAGUGUGUUUCUCACUAUCGUCGCCUUCAUCGAUACUGUGUUUUUUCACAUGAAGAGCUUCUUUGCAAGAUGGCUGCCAACCCCGACAGUUUAGACGUGGAGCUGGCAGCAGCAGUCUUCAAGGAAAUGGGGGAAAUGAUUGAUGAGGAAAAACGACUGAGGGAUGCAGUUUUUCAUAUGGGUGUUAUUAACUGUGAGCAGGAAGCAUUUGAGCUUGUUCCAGAUGAAGAGCGGCAGUGUGAAAAAUGUAAGACCACGUGCUUUCUCUCAGCACUUACCUGCUCCUGUAAUCCUGAUCGGCUUGUCUGCCUACAUCACGCUGUAGACCUCUGCAACUGCUCUAUUCAAAACAAAUGUCUAAGGUAUAGGUAUGCUUUGGAGGAGUUCCCCUCUAUGCUUUAUGGUGUAAAAUCCAGAGCUCAGUCAUAUGAUACAUGGGUUAAAAGAGUAACUGAAGCUUUGGAUGCAGACCAUAAAAAUAAGAAAGAACUGAUUGAACUAAAAGUGCUGCUGGAAGAUGCAGAAGACAGGAAAUAUCCUGAAAACAACUUGUUCAGGAAGCUAAGAGUGACAGUAAAAGAAGCUGAAACCUGUUCCUCUGUUGCUCAGCUCCUACUUAGCCGUAAGCAACGGCACAGUAAACAACGUCCAGAGAGCAGCAAGACACGGAGCAAACUAACAGUGGAAGAAUUGAAGGCCUUUGUUCAUCAGCUUUAUCGCCUUCCAUGUGUUAUCAGUCAGGCCCGACUUGUAAAGGAACUUCUGGAAAAUGUGGAGGAAUUCCAUGAACGUGCCCAAGCAGCACUCUCCGAUGAGACUCCUGAUUCAUCCAAACUGCAGGCCCUGCUGGACAUGGGUGCAGGGUUAGAUGUAGAAUUGCCUGAACUUCCUCGGCUGAAGCAAGAGCUUCAGCAGGCACGUUGGCUUGAUGAAGUUCGCCUCACUCUUGCAGACCCACAUCGUGUUACUCUAGAUGUCAUGAAGAGACUUAUAGACUCUGGUGUGGGGCUAGCCCCACAUCAUGCUGUGGAGAAGGCAAUGGCAGAGCUACAGGAAAUACUUACUGUUUCUGAGCGAUGGGAAGAUAAGGCAAAAGCCUGUUUACAAGCCAGACCACGCCAUGGUAUGUCAACACUGGAGAAUAUUGUGACGGAGGCCAAAAAUAUUCCUGCAUAUCUUCCCAAUGUGAUAUCUCUCAGAGAUGCCCUCCAAAAAGCUAAAGACUGGACAUCAAAAGUAGAAGCUAUUCAGAGUGGGAGUAAUUAUGCAUAUAUUGACCAGCUGGAAACCCUGUUGGCACGUGGUAGACCAAUACCAGUUAGACUAGAUGCCCUGCCCCAGUUAGAAUCUCAAGUGGCAUCUGCUAGGGCAUGGCGAGAGAGGACAGCACGGACCUUUCUGAAAAAGAACUCAACAUAUACACUUCUUCAGGUGCUAAGUCCAAGGGUUGAUAUUGGUGUGUAUGGGAGUAGCAAGAGUAAACGGAAAAAGGCUAAAGAACUUAUGGAAAAAGAGAGAGACUUGGAUAUGGAAUGUCUGAGUGAUGUAGAAGAGGGCACUGAGGAGGCACGAGACCCAGCAAGUGUUGUUGCUGCCUUUAAAAUAAAAGAACAGAAAGAGAUUGAAGCAAUGCACUCUCUAAGAGCAGCUAACCUGGCUAAAAUGGCAAUGGCUGAUCGGAUAGAAGAGGUGAAAUUUUGUCUGUGCCGGAAAACUGCUAGUGGCUUUAUGCUGCAGUGUGAGUUAUGCAAGGACUGGUUUCAUAGCACAUGUGUGCCACUUCCUAAGACUGCUUCCCAGAAAAAAGGAUUAGGCUGGCAGAGUAAAGAAGUGAAGUUCCUUUGCCCGUUAUGCCAGCGCUCACGUCGUCCUAGACUUGAAACUAUUCUGUCUCUUCUGGUGUCACUUCAAAAGCUUCCUGUUAGACUUCCUGAAGGAGAGGCUUUGCAGUGUCUUACUGAAAGAGCUAUGGGCUGGCAGGAUCGAGCACGUCAAUCCUUAGCCACUGAUGAGUUGUCAUCAGCACUAGCAAAGCUGUCGGUACUGAGCCAGCGCAUGGUGGAGCAAGCAGCUAGAGAGAAGACAGAAAAGAUAAUUACUGCGGAAUUACAAAAAGCUGCAGCUAAUCCUGAUCUACAGGGACACCUGCACACUUUCCAGCAGUCUGGUUUUAACCGAGUAGCAGGAGGAGUAACCACACCACCUCGUCUCUCAGUUGAAUAUGAUGAUGAAGAGACAGAUUCAGAUGAAGAUAUCCGGGAGACAUAUGGAUACGAUGUUAAGGAUUCCACAAAUGUGAAGUCAUUUGGCAGUCUUGAAUCAAAUUUAUUUUGUGAUGAGGAAAUACCAAUAAAAUCAGAGGAAGUGGUUACUCAUAUGUGGCCUGUUACACCAUCCUUCUGUGCAGAGCAUGCAUACUCCUCAGCUUCAAAAUCCUGCGCACAAAGUACAGGUACUCCUAGAAAGCAACCUCGGAAGACUCCUUUGGUACCUCGAAGUUUGGAGCCACCUGUGCUUGAACUCUCUCCAUCUGCCAAGGCCCAACUAGAAGAUCUGAUGAUGGUAGGGGAUCUUUUGGAAGUGUCACUGGAUGAAACGCAGCACAUCUGGAGGAUACUGCAGGCAACACAUCCUCCAUCUGAAGAGCGUUUCUUGCAAGUCAUGGAGGAAGAAGGGAUAAUGGAAAAAACAGUUAAAGUAAAAGUGAAGGAUUCCUCAGAGAAAAAGCGUAAAAGGAAGUUAGAGAAGGCAGAACAGAUGCUUUUGGCAGGAGAUGGGCGGCCCAAAUCUAAAGAGCAGAAGAAAACUGAGGGUAAACCCAAGAAGAAGAAGCUUAAGCUCAAUCCUGAGAAGUCCAAAGAACUCAAGCAACUGGCUAAGAGACUAGCUAAAGAAGAGAAAGAAAAAAAGAAGAAAGAGAGAGCAGCAGCCAAGGCAGAGGCAGCUAAAGAAGUUACAGAGAAAAAAAGGGAGAAGAAAGUACUAGACAUCCCUUCUAAGUAUGACUGGUCUGGAGCUGAAGACUCUGAUGAUGAGAACGCUGUAUGUGCUGCCAAGAACUGCCAGAGACCCUGCAAAGACAAGGUGGACUGGGUACAAUGUGAUGGUGGAUGUGAUGAGUGGUUCCACCAAGUCUGUGUGGGAGUUUCCUGUGAAAUGGCUGAAAAUGAGGACUAUAUCUGCACAGCCUGCUCUAGGAAAGCAGCAGUGGGUGUGACUAUGACAGAAGGCAGCAUGGGACUUUCUCUGCCUCAAAGUGUACCUACCUCCUCACACGAAUUGCAUGAAAGCAGCUAGCAGGGCUUUCUCUUUUAUGUACACUGCAUUUUCUUCUAUUGAAGAGGAGGCUGUCUAACUUUUUACAGACUGGAGGGAUGAAGCAUUAUGGAUUACAUCUUCUGUACAGAUCUGCUAUGAAAUUGUUUUCACUCUGGCUUUUUUUCUGUUUUUGGGAAUGAGCCUCUGUUGAAUGGUUUAUAGAAGUGCUGCACAUGCUUCCUAUCCGCACAGCUGGUGUAUUCUAUACCAUCUGUCUUGCAGAGUGGUCAUUUUUAGGAUAUCUUCUUUAGUAAUAAAGUCAGAUCUAAAAAAACAUGCACGUCUUGUCUUGGAUUUCUGUUUUAAUAGAAAUUUUUCUAAGUAUUCAGAAACUCAAAUUAGGACUCUUUAUUUGGAAUAAUUAUUCUGUAUUAAGCUUUUCUGUGCCUUGCUGUAAACCUA